AAUGGACUUGUGAGAGUUACGAGCCUUGUUCGUAUUCGUGUGGUUUUGACGUGCAUUGAGGCACUUAUUAAAGAUGCAGUGCAACAGCUGUUUACAGCUAUUUAUUUAAUUACUCAGAAAAUCCUACAUGCAUAAAAUCGAUCGCGGCUUUGAAUUGAAUUGAAUUGAAUUGAAUUGGAUUGAAGCCCACGCAUUACUCAAUAAAUGAAUGAACGCUAAUUAUAAUAACUAUUAUAAUUAUUAUUAUAAACCACGGCCCCUCCUCUCCACUCUUCUCCACCUGAAGGUCCUCCUCAACUACAAAUCCAUCGCCCCCUCAUUCCAAAACCCAGAAGCUUCCUCCUCAUCUCUAUCCCCAAUUCCCCUUAAAACCCCUUCUUAAACCCUCUCUUUCUCUCUAUCUCCCUCAAAAAUGGCGAUCCAUUUCCAAUACCCACCGCGCUUCUCGUCCCUUCUCCUGCUGCUGCUGCUGCUGCUGCUGCUGCUAAUCUCCGCUCUCUUCGUCGUCGUCGUCGACUCCGAAUCCGACCAACUCCUCCUCCUCCCCCUCCGCCACUCCCAGUCCCACUCCGACUCCUCCGCAGGUCACUCCGUACACCAGCUCCUCAAGGCAUCCUCGCUCCGCUCCGCCGCGCGCCACGGCGGCCCCCUGCGGCGGCGGCGGCGCCACCCCGUCCGGCGCGGCGGCGGGCAGGUGUCGGUCCCGCUCUCCCCCGGGAGCGACUACACGCUGUCGCUGUCGGUGGGGCCGACGACCGUGUCGCUGUUCCUGGACACGGGGAGCGACCUGGUGUGGUUCCCCUGCGCGCCCUUCGCCUGCAUCCUCUGCGAGGGGAAGCCGGCCCCGAGCCCCAACCCUCCCCCUCCCCGCCCGCCGCUGGCUGCCCUCAACCCUGCCUGCUCGUCGGGGGCUGCUCCCGCCCACUCCGCCCUCCCGCUCCGACCUCUGCGCGCCGCCGCCGGCUGCCCCUCAGACAUCGAACGUCCUUCCGCCCCGCCCUGCCCCCGCCUCUACUACGCCUACGGCGACGGCAGCCUCCUCGCCCUCCUCCGCCGCGGCCCCCUCUCCCUCGGCGCUCUCCUCCCCAACUUCACCUUCGCCUGCGCCCACUCCGCCCUCGCCGAGCCCCGCGUCGCCGGCUUCGGCCGCGGCCCCUCUCCCUCCCCGCCCGCUCGCCCCCCUCUCCCCUCCCUCUCCUCCCGCUUCUCCUACUGCCUCGUCGCCACCUCCUUCCGCCCCGAUCGCCUCUCCUCCCAGCCCCCUCAUCCUCGCCGCGACCCUCACCUAAUCCCUUCGUCUACACCCGCUCCUCCGAACCCUAAGCACCCUACUUCUACUCCGUCGCCCUCGAGUCAUCUCCCUGGGCCCCGUCCGGAUCCGAACCCGCCCGAACUCGCCGCCGUGGACCGGGCCGGGAACGGCGUGGUGGUCGACUCGGGCACCACCUUCACCAUGCUCCCGACGAGACCCCAUCCCUCCUCACCGCCGAGUUCCGCGCCAAAUGUCCGCCGCCGGUUCGCCCGCUCGCCCGGACCGAGUCCCGAACCGGCUCGGCCGUGCUACCACUACCCAGACACGGAACGACCCUCCUAGCCCGGCCUGGUCCUCCACUUCAAGGGCAACGCCAGCGUGGCGCUGCCGCGGCGGAACUACUUCAUGGGUUUCGAGAGCGAGAGCGAGAGCGCGGAAGAGGGGGGUGGUCGGGUCGGGUGCUUGAUGGUGAUGAACGGCGGAGAUGGAUCGGAUGAUGAUUACGGUGGGCCCGCGGGCACGCUGGGGAAUUUCCAGCAGCAGGGGUUCGAGGUGGUCUACGACUUGGAGCAGGGCCGGGUCGGGUUCGCGCGGCGGCGGUGCACCGCUCUCUGGGACUCGCUCUCCCGUGGGUAGCGUAGGGGUAAAUCCGUUAAUUCACCCUGCGGGGGCCUCGUGCGCGCGGGGUUGACUCGGGAGUCGCCGCGCGCACGUGCGGAGGGGGGCUGGAGUUGUGGUUUUAGCAGUCCCUGUAGUAGCACUAGCAACGCAGGUGGUUCGGGGAGUGGAGUGUACGUAAGUGUGGUGGUGUGGUGAUGCGGCACGUGAUUUUGGAAGGCUCUGGAAAGAUCUCUCUUGCUCAAGUGUGUGUACUGUAGAUAAAGUUUUUUUUUUUAAAAAAAAAAAAAGAAGAAGGAAUGGGUGAAAAAUAAAAUAAAACAAAAAGAAGUGUAAAUUACAAUUUGCUUCUUGUGGUUCAGAAUAUAUUUUAGUUUAUCAU